AUGGCCUCCACGCUCGAAUCAUUCAGCAAAUGGCUGCAGCUGAAGAUCUACCAGCUCGAGGUGACGAUGAGCGUGUACAUUUAUACACCUAUUGAAAAAUUCAUCUUCUAUUCGGUCCUCUUCCUCCUCUUCUCCCUCACAUUCAUCGCCACUGUCCUUUACCUGCCACAGCACUUGCAAUUCAUCGUUAGCCGCGCCUGGUUUUACAUGCACGGCGACUCCUUGGACGGGGGGGUUGCCAAGGGGGCUAUUGAUGUCGCCGCUGCGACGACGACAGCGGUGGGAGAGGCCCUCACAUCGAUUGCGGCAGCUGCGGCGGAGAGGGUCAAGGAACUUUAA